GAAAAUUGGCUUGUUUUUGUAAAGGGUUUAUUCACAAAAGGACCCCGGUUUAACUCCACAAUAGCUUAAUAAAAUUCCAAUGGAUUUGAAUAAGUAUAUCUAACUGUUUCAAAGUAUUGGAAACAGUCAGUAAAUAGGGAUGAGAAAGAACACAGGAUAUUUCUGACGAUAGAGUGUAAGGGAAUGCAAGAAAUCUGACCAAUCAAUAUGUUAAUACGAAUUUAUAAAAUAUUAAUAUUUGUCUUAUGCAUAGUAUCAUCUAUGCUUAUAUUACUAGGACUAUAUCAGACACAAGCCUCAUAUGGUCAACUAGAUAAAUUAUUAGUUGGAUUCUCUAGAAGACGAACAUUUAUUACUGGAAAUGGAAUAAAUGAACAUAAAAGAAAUGUUACCGAUAAUGAUAAAAAUAACACACAAAGAAAUAAUCAGACGACAAGGAAAACGAGUUCCAUAUUCUUGGAUUAUCAACAAGUUUUGAAAAGUGGUAAUUUCUCUAUGAACCAAUCAGUUAACAUUUCAGAAGUACGACCAGAUACGUGUGAUGCAUGUUUUCCGCAAUCUUCGUACAUCUACAAAAAUGAUAAUUUGUGCUCAACGAAUAAUUCUACAACUCAGGUCAAAUUACUUAUAAUAAUUUUAACUGCAGUUAGUGAAACGCACAAUAGAACCACGGUUCGCAAAACUUGGACAAGUAUUUCUAACAAGAACACAGGAGAACUGAGGUAUGUUUUCGUAUUAGGGAAGCACGCUAAAGACCCGACGUGGAAUAUGAGAGCUCUUGAAGAAGCUAAAAUAUAUGGAGAUAUUAUCAUCAAAGAUUUCAUGGAUGUAUACAAUAACUUGACUCUAAAAACAAUGUCUGGUCUAAAAUGGGCAUCAGAUUUCUGCUCAAAUGCUAAAUAUGUUAUGAAAACGGAUACUGAUACGUAUGUGAAUACUCCAAAGCUUUUACAACUCAUCGAUUCAUUCGAAAUUGAAAACGAAAUUAUAGGAAAAUGCGCACAGCAUAUUAUACCAAGGAGGAAUGAGACAUUAAAGUAUUACGUCUCUCCUGUCCAAUACCCUCAUUUGACGUACCCUCCCUACUGUUUAGGCGGCGCAGGCUAUGUCACUACUAUGGAGGUCGUCAAAGGCAUUGCGAGAGUUUCACCAAAUAUACCCUUCUUCUUUUUUGAAGAUGUUUAUGUUGGACUUUGUAAUGAAGCAUUGGGAUACAAAGUACGCUCGGUGAAAGAAUUCAAUAAGAAAUUGAAACGUAAUGCGUGUUGGAAUCAAAAAAUAAUAAUCACUAGCCACCGUGUAUCACCAAGAGAAAUUAGAAAAACUUGGAACACAAAAUGUUUAAAUAAAAAUGUUUAACAUAAAAUCUGUACAAUUUUUUAAAGUUAAAGCAGACUGAUUUUACAGCAAGAAUAUAUUAAUGACAAAGUACGCUCGGUGAAAGGAUUCAAAAACAUAAAAGCGAAAUUUAAUGUGUGUUGGGUUAAAAAAAAGAAUAAUUGCUUGUCACCGUUCAUCACCAAGAGAAAUUAGAAAAACUUGGAACACAAAAUGUUUAAAUAAAAAUGUUUAACAUAAAAUCUGUACAAUUUUAAAAGUUAAAGCAGACUGAUUUUACAGCUCAAGAAUAUAUUAAUGACAAAUUUUGAAACUGAGUAUGAAAUCACACGGUUCGUGUAUGUAUUGUGUUUAAAAUUAUCAUAAUUUAGAAAUGUACUCUGAAGGAACAAUCAAUUUGUUAUUGUAUUGCAGGUUGCAUUGUCAAAACAUGGUCAUAAAAUGAAUAAAUAAAUAAUUUAGAGAAAUAGAUGUA